ACUCUCCAGCACGUGCUGACCCAGUGGCAGUGUUUCCCACAAUGCCCGAUGCCGCUGAAACUCGGACACUUCCUGGGGCAGCGGGGGAGUGGGGGAGAGUGGCAGUGGUGGGCCGGACCGGCGGCGGGGAGCGCAGGAGCCCGAGCCGAGCAACACCUCCAGGAGUUGACAGGGAGGGAGGAGGGUUUGGUUAGGGUUAGGGUUACGGUUAGUUAGUGCUCGGAGCGGCCGGUUCUCCCUCACUUCGCUCUGACUCGUCGAGUGAGUGCAGAGCUGAGAAACGAGAAACGGCAGUUCUCCGCGACGAGGGCGAACUUAGAAGAAGGAGGAGGAGGCGGCGGUGGUGGUGGUAGAGGGAGGAGGAGGAGGAGGAGGAGGAUGUGGUCGCGGGGACAGCAGCGGCAGUCGGCUCGCGCGCCUUGAGCUCGCGCAGCUCCCUGUCAGUGUGAAUCCCGACCCGACCCGAGCGCUCGCUGCUGCAGCCCCGCCGUCCAUCGGCUCCGCGAUGUAGAGUCCAGGUGGAGGGUGCUCUUUUGUCCCCCUUGCGGUCUUGUGGGUGCAACACGUUGCCAGGACGAUGCGAAUGCGCUGCUCGCGGAGGCUGGGCCUCCUAGCCAGGGCAGGCCUGUUGCUGUCAGUGGUGUGGCUGGCCUACACAUUACUGGCCCCCAGCAACACCUCCAGGGCCCUGGGCGAGGGCAGCGAGGGACGCAUCCUCAUAGAGCGCAAGGCGGACUCGCUGGAGGAGCGGCCGGAGCUGCUGGUCCGGCCUGUGUACAGCAAGCUGCCUCCUGACCCCAGUGCCCCAGGGGAGUGGGGGAAGGCUACGCGGCUGACCCUGAGCACCGAGGACAAGAAGCAGGAGGAGGACAGCAUAGAACGCUACGCCAUCAAUAUCUACGUCAGCGACAAGAUCUCCCUGCACCGCCACAUCCAGGACAACAGGAUGCAAGAAUGCAAGGCAAAAAAGUUUGAUUACCGAAGGCUGCCCACAACAUCUGUGAUCAUAGCCUUCUACAACGAGGCCUGGUCCACGCUGCUCAGGACCAUCCACAGUGUGCUGGAGACGACGCCCGCCAUCCUGCUGAAGGAGAUCAUACUGGUGGAUGACUUCAGUGAUCGAGGCUACCUCAAAUCCCAGCUGGCCGAGUACAUCAGCGGCUUGGAGCGCGUGCGCCUGAUUCGGACCAACAAGCGGGAGGGACUGGUCCGCGCGCGGCUCAUCGGCGCCACCUACGCCACCGGGGACGUCCUCACCUUCCUGGAUUGCCAUUGCGAGUGCAUUCCUGGCUGGGUCGAGCCGCUGCUGGACAGGAUUGGGGAGAACGAGAGCACCAUUGUGUGCCCUGUAAUUGACACCAUCGACUGGAACACCUUUGAGUUCUACAUGCAGACGGAUGAGCCGAUGAUUGGGGGCUUCGACUGGAGACUCACCUUCCAAUGGCACUCUGUACCGGAAGUGGAGCGCAGGAGACGCAAGUCGCGUAUUGACCCCAUCAGGUCUCCCACCAUGGCCGGGGGCCUGUUUGCCGUGAGCAAAGCGUACUUUGAGUACUUGGGCACGUAUGACACAGGCAUGGAAGUGUGGGGAGGAGAGAACCUCGAGCUUUCCUUCAGGGUGUGGCAGUGUGGCGGAGCGCUGGAGAUCCACCCCUGCUCCCACGUUGGACACGUCUUCCCCAAGAAGGCUCCCUACGCCCGGCCAAACUUCCUCCAGAACACGGUCCGGGCUGCUGAGGUCUGGAUGGACUCCUACAAGAAGCACUUUUAUAAUCGAAACCCCCCAGCCAGAAAGUCAUCAUAUGGAGACAUCUCGGAGAGGAUCGUCUUGAGGGAGAAACUCAAGUGCAAGAGUUUCGAAUGGUACCUGAAGAACAUCUACCCAGAACUGCACGUCCCAGAAGACCGUAGUGGCUGGCAUGGAGCUGUGCGCAGCUCUGGAAUUCACUCCGAGUGCCUGGAUUACAACGCCCCAGAGCACAACCCUACCGGAGCUCACCUUUCGCUGUUCGGUUGUCAUGGCCAAGGUGGUAACCAGUAUUUCGAGUACACAUCGAAGAAGGAAAUCCGCUUUAAUUCGGUGACGGAGAUAUGUGCUGAGGUCCCGGAGGGUCAGCACUUCAUUGGAAUGAAAUACUGCCCGCAGGACGGAGCUCCGGUCCCUCCCAACAUGGUGUGGGAGUUCCGAGAAGAUGGGAGCAUCUAUCAUCCCCACUCGGGCUCCUGUGUCACCUCGUACCGCAACGCCGAGGGCCACCCAGAUGUCCACAUGAAGCCCUGUACAUUAGGGGACAAGAACCAGAGGUGGACAUUUGAGUGACCUGGAGCGGGAAGGGGUGGUGGAGGAAGUCCAAGCCGGUGCGCAGCUCCCGCACGGUGGGUUUUCACUUACGGAAGCGGCCCAGAGAGGAGGAGCACCCUUUCGCUGGAGCGUCUGGAUGUUGUGGGACACGGUGUAUGCCUCCGUUUUUCCUUGUGCCUCACAGGAUCUUCACACCUGUAGUGCCAAGCCAUUUCUACCCAUGUUCAAGGUUACUUUUUAAAGGCAUACACAUCUGUACCCCAUGGGUUUAUCAUCAAAAGAGCAACUGUUCAUAUCAUGGAGGAUCUUGGGAAUGGUGGUCUGGGAUGUUAAUGUUUUUGCACUACAUGACUUGUUCUGUGAACAUUUAUGUGCCUCACUUGCUGCGUUUUCGCUUGAGCCAGCAAUGGACUUAUGAAACGGAAAAGGUUUGCAGGGAAUGGUGACGGAUUUGUCUUUCUGCCAGGGCAUUUGACCGGCCUAUUUUGUAUAAAACUGUUUUACCUUGUACUUGAGUUCAAGGGAGUGUGUUUUUCAGUCAACUGUAUGUAUCACUUGUUAAGAUGUGCCUCUCUGGGGACUUGUGCCCAGUCCCACAUCAAGUGAUGGUGCCUUCACAGCCAAAGUGAUGCUGAUGCUGAAGGACCUUCACACUUGCCCUUGUGAGUGUGACCUUGAGGGGAGCUCCAGGCUUUCUUCCCAAUGUUUACUGUCUGUCUUUGCUAAACAUGGAAUUCCUCAUGUUUUUAACACUGAGGGGGGGACCUUUUCUGGGAGCACACGUGCCCUCAGAAAGGGAAAGGUCAGAAGUGGCUCGCUUAGUUUUUACUUCCAGCUGUUCCAACAUCCACACUCACUGUGAUUCUGCUGUUGUAAUGGUGGAAUGAUGACGAAAAAAUAAUUUCUGCUUUAAUUUAUUUUAAAAACAGCUCUUUUAAUGCAUUUCUUAACUCGCCUAUACAGAAAAAAACACUGACAAUGGCAGUCUGACAGCAGUGUUCUGAUUUUGAGAAACAGAACUCAUUUCCUGUAUCUUAUAUGAUUAUUUAAAAUUAAUUUAUAUUUGCAGGUAUCCUUCUCAACUGCACCUGCCUCAUUGUUAGUCAUGUGUGAUGUGCCUUUCUAUUGAGUGUCUGUACAGACAGUGCCUUAGUGUGACAAAUCUGCUUAGUUUAAUCGGGUAAUCUGCUGUUACUAUAAACCAGCCUCUUCCUCCGCUCUAACAAGCACAUUAUGCUAUCUCGAUAACCGAGAGAUUCCUUUUUCACAUUCCAGUUUUCUGUGGUAUCAUGUAUCUUACGCUGUUCAGGAUGAGCAGACCAAACUGGAAGCAUAAGUGUCCAUGCAGCUGCAGUGCAGAUCUGCUGUACUAGGGGAGUAUUUUUGUGAAAUGACAUGACGUGCCUCUCCUUUGUCUCAUUUGCCCUGCAGCACUUCAUAUGCCACGUUUUACCGAGAAAAAAUAAUGAUUUCCUCUUUUUGAAAACAGGUCAAGCCUCUUGAUUUCUCUGCAAAUGAAACACGGUUCAAGGAAUGGUACACGGGAAACAUUGCACACUUCUGGAAAAGCAUUAAACUUUUUCUUGCCUUUAAGAUCAUAAUUUGAUCCAUCAAAUAGCAUUGUUAGAAUAAAUAGAUUAUCAAUUAUUAAUAUGCUGAUUUAUAUAUAUUAUUAAAUGAGAGUUCUUAGCAACCGAGAUUGAAGAAUUUUUCAAAGAAAAAUUAAACACAAGGUGAGAGAAAGAGGUCCUUUUUUUAUUGCCACAGUGACAGGAAGAUCAGUGACGCUGCAGAGUUUCCCAAGAUGGACCUGUACAGCAGUGCUCUUACAUAACAUGCAAUAAAAGAAAGAGGAUGCUUCCUGAGCAUGAUAAA